AUGAGUGAGCUAAAGAAACGCGCGGCUGCUGAUUUCGCGGGCGACCUGAAGCGUCACACGGCGCAACAGCCAAAUGCUGAGGAGAAUUUGGUGUUCGAGGACCCGUUUGGCGACGACGUGGAGGACGAGGAGAUGGUCGAGAGCGGUGGCGAAGAGGAGGAGGUCGUGGAUGGAGAGAGGUCCGCUGACAGGGACGUCGACAUGGACGGGGACGAGCAGACGGACACGCAAGUGAAGAAGGUCUUCAUGCCUGGCGUGGACAAGCUGCAAGACGACGAGGUGCUCGACUACGACAGUAGCGCCUACGACAUGUACUACGCGAUGACGGCCGAGUGGCCUUCGCUUAGCAUUGACGUUGUGCGCGACGAUCUCGGCCUGGUGCGCUCCCGCUUCCCUCUGACGAUGUUUGUCGUGGCCGGCACACAGGCGACCGACGCUGACGAGAAUCAGAUCACAGUGAUGAAGAUGUCGGAGUUGCACAAGACUAAGCACAACGACGACUUGGACUCGGAUGGUGACGACGACUCCAAUGAUGACGACGACGAGACGGAAGGAGAUCCAGUGCUUGAGUCUCGCUCCAUUCCACACAUCGGCGGUGUAAAUCGUAUCCGUUGCAUGCCGCAGUCAUCUAACAUUGUGGCCACGUGGUCAGACCGCAAGAAGGUUCACAUUUGGGAUAUCGCUAAGCAGCUCGAGUCACUAAACGGCAAGGCGAGUGCUCCUUUGCCAGCAAAGCAAGCGCCCGUGUACACGUUCUCUGGCCACGCUGAUGAAGGCUUUGCCAUGGACUGGUCUUCUAUGGAGACUGGUCGACUAGUGACGGGUGACUGCAGUAAGUUUAUAUAUCUCUGGGCCAACGCAGAGGGUGCAUGGAGCGUCGAUAAGGUGCCGUUCACAGGCCACAAAAGCUCAGUGGAGGACCUGCAGUGGAGCGUGACCGAGGCGUCAGUGUUCGCGUCGUGCUCGUCCGACCGUACCGUGCGAAUUUGGGACACCAGGCGGAAGGCCGGAAGCAUGCUGGACGUUGUCGCGCACGAAGACGAUGUGAACGUGAUCACGUGGAACCGAAACGUCGCUUACCUCUUGGCAUCUGGCUCGGACGAUGGCUCGUUCAAGAUUUGGGAUCUGCGUAACUUCAAGACUGACAACCCGGUGGCGCACUUUCGGUACCACACGGCGCCCAUCACGUCGAUUGAGUGGCAUCCGACCGAUGAGUCGGUGCUUGCUGUGUCCGGUGCUGACAACCAGAUCUCGGUCUGGGAUAUGUCCGUAGAAGAGGACGCUGAGGCCGUUGUGCCUGUCGAUGGGGAAAAUAACGAGGCGAAGCUGGACUUACCGCCGCAGCUGCUGUUCAUCCAUCAGGGCCAGACUGACAUCAAGGAGCUGCACUUCCAUCCACAGUGCCCGGGCGUGCUCGUGAGCACUGCUGGCGACGGCUUUAACGUUUUCAAGCCUGCUAAUAUUUCGUAA